AUGGAGGACACGACGACCAAGGACUUCCAGGAUGACCCUCUUACAGCCCCCAGCAGUGAUGCAGACGCUUUGGCUUCACCACAACCAGGUACCAAGCGCAAGAAAGUGUCGCGGACGGCACUGACACUGCGCGAGAAGGCCAUCGUCAAGAGCUUCUGUGAGCAGAAGGUGACGGACUGUAAGGCUCGAGGGGAGCUAGUGCCAUCACAGGAGGUUCUGCGACGGGAGGUUGCGGCCCAGUAUGGCUGGUCCUGCGGCCGAUCGACACUGUCCAAGAUAAUAUCCAUGGACUGGAAGCUACUGCGAGGCAGACACGAGGGCGGCGAGGCGCCCAGGAACCCCAAUAUGAAGCGACGUCGACGACCACUAUUCCCAGCGUUCGAGGGGGAUCUGGUCAAGUUCAUCACCGCUCAUAUCGGCGAGGAUGACAGCAAUAAUGAUACUACAGGUGUUACAGAGCAAUCCCAGUCAGCAGAGAUUGCUAGCGAUGGAAAUACGGCGAGUGUAAGUGAGGAUAAAGGUACCCAGUCGAUUGAAGAUGCUGGAAAUCGAAGACGACCAUUGACGGAGGCGCUGAUAUUGGAAGAAGCACAACGACUCAAACAGGUGCACGGUGUGUCGGAUGAGAUGCUUGUCCUCUCGGUCGGAUGGUUGGCGCGAUUCAAGCAUCGACACUGUAUUCGGCUCCGCAAACCUGCGGUAGAGACAAACAAAUGCACGAUACCGCUACACCAACAAGUUGGCAGUGCUGAGGCAAUCUCGAUAGGCACAUGGAAUACAGGACUUAUGUCUUCUAGUCUAUCGCAAGCACAAGAGUCGAUUGAACAAUCAGUGCCUCACCCACACACUGCAGACUCUGGUGUAAUUGACAACGAGAGUCUCCUGCCAUCGUCAAUUCAGCACGGCGACAAUUUGGAGUUGACAAGUGGUUCUGGAAACCUGGUGGCUCAAACGAGAGCGGCGCUGUGUUCUUCCCAAUGGUAUCAGGGUGAGCAGACUAACCGAUCAUCUACUGUUGCAUUACUGGAGCAGCUACCUCAGAGUGUUCGCGAACUGUCCUGUUCGUGUCAAAGAUACGACGAUUUAAUAGGCGGUAUCAGUGGAUUAAGAGUGGCUGUCGUGGGUUUUGGAAGUAUUGUGGAAGCUUUCCUCCUCGCCAAGGCAGUCGGUGCUAGUGGAUCUGUGGUUUGCGUUGAAGCGAGCGCUUCUAAUAUCUACGCAGCAGAACGAAUUGCUGAGAGUUUUUGCCUUCACACACUAGGGCUACCAGCAGUCAAUCUGAAGUUCAUCAUGGGUGAAUACAGCGGUUUGCCUCGGUCUUCGUCUGCAGAGAGCAAUGAGCUUAAGAAUCUUCAGGGCCAGUUUGAUCUAGUUAUUUGCAACUGCUCGGUCCAAUCAUUGGAGUUUCCUGCCAGCAAGAAUGCAAUAUUGGCACUGGCUUAUAGUCUCCUCAAGGUUGGAGGUGAGCUGCGCGUGACAGAUUUGGUAUGUUCUCGACGGUUGUCGUCAUCCGAGUGCGAAGAGGCCCGCUUAGUCAUGGUAGAAGAUGAAAGUGGGAGUUCCAAGCAAUUGCAGCAGAAACUAUUGGUCGGUGCACCUUACGUAGGCGACCUAAAACGACUGUUUCGAGCUCUUGGUACCGAUGCUGAAGUGCGGAUUGAAAGCUGUAGCGAAGCAGACGCAGCAGCAAUCGACAGCGCUGUAGCUUCUCUGCUUCCACCUCUAGCUACAGCUAGUGACGUUCGAUUUCGUCGAGUCAUUUUUCAUGCUUUCCGAAUCCAAGAUGUCGAGGAACCCCGGGAGAAUUACGGACAAGCAGCGAUUUUUAAUGGUGGUGAUGCUGACGAUAAGAGCGUCGUGGGUGGAGCUGUAUUACAUUCGUUUCGACUUGACGAUGAGUGGAGCUUUGAUAGAGGAAUACGCGCGCCAGUUGACGGUAAUACUGCACAAAUAUUGCAGACAGCAUGGAUAAAGCGAUACUUUUCAGUGAGUGGAGAUCGUUCUAGACACCGUGGUCCAUUCGGGAGAGCGCAAAUCUACGCAUUCACAUCAAUGGCCCCGUCAGGUCCGGAUAGUACGCUGGAAUCAAGUGGAGACACUACGGUCGCUGACGAAUCUCAGGUCGUAAUCGCUUCGCCAUCGGCAGAGCCGCUCGAGAUCGCGAAUAUUUAG